AUGUUGACCACCAUUGUUAAAAGAUGCUCCAUGUGGGUUUUGUUAGCCGCGAGCUUCUCUCCUGCUUCAGCUGGGCUGAGCUCAACAUCUGGAUCUCUGGGUUACCCAACUCGGGAAAUUGCAGGGGUCUCUGUCGUUAACACGCCGCUCGUUCGAGAUGCCGAGGACUAUGCGAUCAAGCAUAGCAGCCACCCUGUCUACAAGCAUGUGAUGCGGUCCUGGCUAUAUGGAGUGCUUAUGAUUAACGCGAACGAGACCCUGCUCAAUAACGUCGACCUGCAGAUUCACGCCGUCUCCACGCUCCUCCAUGACCUUGGUUGGUAUAGAGGCAACUCAUCCAUCAUCAGCCCUGACAAACGCUUCGAGGUUGAUGGAGCAAAUGCUGCGCGUGACUUUAUCCGGAGCCAUGAGGAUGGGAAAAGUUGGGACGAGCGCAAGGUGCAGCUCGUGUGGGACGCGAUCGCGUUGCAUACCGAACGGUCCAUUGCUUACUUCAAAGAGCUUGACGUUCAAGUUGUAUCUAGAGGGAUUCAGUUGGAUUUCUCCGGGCCAGCCAAUGGUGUUGCUGAAGACGACUAUCUCGCAGUCACUCAGGCCUUUCCGAAAGACGACUUGAAAGACUCGGUCAACAGUACAUUUCUCUGGCUAUGCGAGACUAAGCCUGCAACUACCUAUGACACCUGGAUGCAGCCCUGGGGUGAUAAUCACGUGGAAGGCUAUAAUGCGGAUGGCAAGAGAAGAUAUGAUAUCAUUUUCAAGAACUUGAACCCUUAA